CGGACCGGCGGAGCGCUUUCUGGGAGACACCGGUGGGCGGGACCAGGCCGUUGCUAGGUCCGUUGCUGGGGCAGUUGCCGGGGCGGCACUGCGCAGGCGCCGCAGGGAAGGCGGCGAUCCGGGACGGCGGCGGGGCGGAGCGAGAAGGCAGUGGUUGGAGUCUCCAGGUUCCAGGCUCCCGCACGGGCUGAGGUGGCGUCGCGGCGCCUCACUGCCUGCAGCCUAAAGUUGAGCGCCCGGCGACUGCGAGGAAGUUCCAGAUACCUUGCCAGGCAUAGCUGCAAGUCGCUGCACCAUGGCAGGCCAACGGAGGAUUCAGUGGAUGUCCAAACUUAGCCCUCCGAAAAUGCAAGAACCUCCAAAAACCAUGGAAGAAUUCUUAAAGUCUCAAAAUUGGGAUUGUUGGCCCAGGGAAAUUAGCUGGACAGAAGAUGAUGAGUGGAUGUGCACUCUGAAAAAUAUAAAAGAAGAUAGUUCAUUUAAUUCAAUUUAUACUCAGCUGUGGAAUAAUGUCCCUCGAAUAUUUGAAACGAUCACGAUCAUGGAUUCAAGAUUAAAGGACUGCUCACUUGCUUUGCAGCACCAUGCUUCCAAACUAUUUGAGCAGAGUAACAUGAUUUCCAAGACAAGUUCAUAUGAAAACUUGAAAAGAUACAAGGCAUUUCUAAAGAAGUACUCAACACAAAAGAAGAUAAUGCUUUCAGAUGGGAUGGAAACAGAAAAGAACAUAGAGGGUUUCAACUUCUCAGGAUUCAAAGCAAAUGAACUUACUGAGUUACCCAGACAUUUGGAUGCUAAACGAGUUUAUCUUUUUAUUUUAAAAGCUUAUAACUUUGAUCAAAAAGUUUUUAGGAUUUGGAAAACGCAUUUCCUCUCAGAAGCCUCCAUUGCUCUUUUGCAUGACUGCUUUUGGUGGUGGUUUCUGUAUAAAUUUAAGCCUCACAGAAAAGAUCAAGAUUGUCUAUUUGAUAGAAUUGCAGAAAGUUAUGUGACACUUUUCAUGAGCAUACCUCUCAGCAGAAAAGAUGCAUUCUUUCAGGUAUUUCCUGAUUGUUUGACACAAGCUAUCUAUGCAACAUUCCUAGAAGCAUUUCCAGAAUCUAGUAACAUCUUUAAUGAUCAAUUUAAAGAAGAUCUAGGAAAUAACAUCUUUCUUUGGUUUUCAGGUCUGAAACCUCAGAGAGGCUUUUGGACCCACUGGAAACUGACAGACCUCUCUUCAACCUCCAUCCAUGGUAGCAGAAAGUCCAUCACAAAAUCAUUACAGGAGAGGAUCACAAGAAGCCAUGAGCGCAUUUUAGCCAAUAUUGACUUUGAUAUGACAAAAAUUUUAAAGAACCCAAGGGCAUGGGUGACAUCCACGUUCAAGGAGGACUCCAGCACUUCGGCGCCAACAGUGAAGUCCCAUUACAGCAGCCUUGGUCCCGAGUUUUACCGUGUUCUCUUCCAUUUUGGCGGUCAGAGUCCGAUGAUUCUAUAUUAUCUUAAGAUGCAUCAACUAGAGGGCAUUUCCAAGACACCGAAGCAAAAGAAGGCUACACUCACUGAAAUACUCCAAGAACCGCAGCCUGCUCCCACCUACUGCGACAUCAUAAAGGAGGCAAAGAGACAAUUUACAAGCAACCGAAGGGACUUCAGGAUACUCCAAGCCAAGGCUACCAAGAAGCCUUUGGAAGCUAGUAGUGACUUUGAGAAGUUCCUGCACAAACUGCAUGUCGACGCUAAGUUGAACAGGGAAUACGUCACAUCCAUGGGAUCAUCAUCGUCAGCAACCACAGAGGAAUGCGAGUCGGAGGAGGAAGAGCACGAAGAGAAACCAAAGGUGACCUCCACGCAAGAAUAAUAGGCAGGACUCGGUCAUGUGCUUCCAUCGCAGCGUAUAUUUAAUUCAAGUCCAGUCCAUGUAUUAGUGUUUGACCAUUCAUCUUAAAAUCCCAAACUAAUAAACCUUAGUAAAUCAUCUGUCCAAGCAUAACCUUGGCUUGUAUUGGGAAAAAAAUCUUUCUAAGAUGGAAAAAAUAAUCAUUAUAAAGCA